AUGGUUAGCCAAGGUAGAGAUUGUUGGAGAUGUUUAGCUCGCCAAAAUGAUGCAAGGAGGAAGUGGAAACAAAGAGUGGCUGCAAUGAGGAGUAGCAGAAGAGAAGAAGAAGUCAUAAGGAGGAGACGUGUGCAUACUUGUCGCUUUGGCCAAGCGACCAAUAAUUUCUGGCCGAGAGCUCGAGAUGCCUUCUCUGUCUCCAGUGACCGGUCUCCUCGUGAACAAUGUCACGCGUAUGUUUGA